GAGGCAGUGGCGUAGCUAGGAUGGCGCAAGGGGGGGGACAUCUGUCCCUGGGCGCUGGAAACUCUAGCUACGCCCCUGCAGAUAGGCCAUUCUCCUAACAUCAUCAUCAUCAAUACUGCUAGUUGCCAUGGUGACAUCGCGAAGUUCUGUUUGAAUUUCGUAUACGCAAUGUGUUUUCGAUGCUUCGAUUCUUCCGUGCAAUGACCAUCGUUUCGCCUAACUCCUCACUACUUUGGACUUAUUUCAUUGUUUGAACUACUGUUUACACCUACAGAUAUGCUACUUAUACGUUAGGCUAUUUAUAUUAAUCUGGAAUAGGGCUUCGGCCACCUUACAACAAGUGAGCAUCAUGACAACUAAUACCAAAGAUGAAAUGUAUAAACCCUUUUCUUCGUUAUCCUAUCAAAUUCUGCUUGUAAUAGGCUGGUGGUAUAUUAUAAUAUAUGCCUUUGUAGAAACUUUACUUCUGUUAUUUAAAAAAUUUUAUUUUGUGUAUCCUUUCCCAAAUUUUCUCUCAGAGGUGGCUCUUCUGUUUUUCCUUUUUGGUGUUGAAAGUGUUCGUAAUUUCUUAGGGCAAAAGGGUAAUCUCACAGAGCGAAUGCUGUCUGUUGUUUUAUCAUUACUUCUCACUGUGCCUGUAGUAGCUGGAGUGUGUUAUUUUUUGUGGUGGCAAACAUAUGUUUUGAUGAUUGAUGUUAUUCUCUCUGUAAUUUUACUUGUUUUUUUAAGUUUACAAUGCCUUUUUUCUAUUUUUACUCUGUUUACAUUCAAAAGGUAACAUCACUAGAGACAGCUCUUUUAUUUUUUAUAUCUAAUACUUGAUUCCAUGCCAUUGAUGAAAUUGUGCCAAAUGUAGAUGUUAUGUACUGCAUGCAUUGAAACUGAUUUGGAAUAAUUACUUGUUUUUUGAAUAA